AUGAACGUGUCCCCAAAUGUUUUAGAAUUUACUGGUUCAUUUACCAAACAAACAACGGAGUACUUGACUUUAUCAAACCCAAGUAAUCAACCAUUGGCUUUUAAAGUUAAAACUACUGCCCCAAAAUUAUAUUGUGUUAGACCAAAUGCCAGUAUUAUUCAACCAGGUGACUCCUUGCAAAUCUCCAUCAUUUUACAAGGAUUCUCUCAACCUUUACCAGAAGACUACAAAUGUAAAGAUAAAUUCUUGUUAGUCUCUGUUCCGGCCCCAGGAAAUGCUGACCCAUCCAAGGUUGGUGAAUUGUGGUCGCAAUUGGAGGCACAAAACAAAUCGGCUGUUGUUUCAAAAAAAUUAAAGGUCAACUAUGUCAUUGGUCCUGAUAAAGAAGACUCUUACAAUGGCGCAGGUGCAGGAGCAGCAGGAGCAGCAGGAGCAGCAGGUGCUGGCGCAGUUGGAGCAGGUGCAGGCCAGCAUAAACAGCAACAACAAUACCAACAACAGCCACCUCAACAACAGCAACCACCUCAGCAACAACAACCACCUCAGCAACAACAGCAAUUUCAACAACAACAACAACAACAAUACCAACAACAGCCACCUCUUUCUCACCAACCAAGUCAAAGCUCUUAUGGAGCCGGAGCAGCUGGUAUUGCCGGUGCCGGAGCAGCAGGCGCAGGGGCUGCUGGAAUUAUUGGAAACGCCCACUACCAACCACACGCCCAAGCCAAUGGAGAUGCCUCUUUUAGUAAUCAAUCACCUUCUGGUGAUUUUGGUGGUAUUCAGAACAGAUCAUUCAACGAUACUUCAUCAAUCAAUAAUGGUUACUCUAGUGGUUAUCAACAACACCAACAAACUCCACACCAACAAUUGCAACAACAACCAAGUUAUCAAUCUCAACAAGGUGGUGCCAUUGGUGGAGGAUUCAACUCUGGUUACGGUGAUCAAUACCAACAACAACAAAAUUCACCAUCAGUUCAACGUGAAUUAGAUACUUUGGCUAGACAGGUUCAAUCAUUGACUGCCAAGUUGGACAGAAACGAAAGAGCUGCUUCUCGUGGCGAUGUUUCUUCUUCAUCCAGUGCUACUGACUUGACCGCUAAUGGUAUUUCCUUACCCGUUGCAUUAGUUUUGAUUUUGCUUUCUUUCCUUGUAGGUUGGUUAGUCUUUUGA